AAUUCACCCAAUUAUGUGUUAUUCAUACGGGUAUUUUAAGGUUUUUUGUAUUCGGUUGACGACAGAAUGAUUAACGAAAGUGUGAUUAGUGUGCUGUUGUCGUAACGUACAAGCUUAGUGGCUAAACCAAGCGAAACGAUGCUGUUUUAACUAAAGAUUUACUUUCGAUGAAUACUACUUUCAGGAGAGAUUUAUCUUGGAAACAAAGGUUAUCACAAAACUGAAAAGUCAAACAUCUUUUGUGUUUACGUUGUCUAAAAAAACAAUGCCGUUGAACUCGUUGUUGCCACAAAGGUUCUGAAGAAGAUAGUGGGUUGAUUGCCGACAACCGACGGGGUAUAUAGGAAUUAAGCCGUCUUUAAAAAUUGACGUUCAUUGUGGACUCAUCGACGUAACAUGAUAUAUUGAUUGUGUCAAAUUAAAGCGAACAAUUGCGAGAUAUAUCGAUAUAUAGUAUUUCAGUAGAAACCCUCCAUGGAAUCAGAUAAAGCAAUACUUGCUCCAUCUGGGUCCAGAUUUUCGUCACGUAGGGCGGGUAUACCAAAUCAAGGAUUUACGAUAUCGAACCCAUCAAUCGAAUGUGCUUCCAGUUCCUGUUACUCCAGUUAUUCAACAGUUAACAAUGUUGCCAGUAGCCAAUCAGCAGCAAGGUUCUCUCACAAUGCUCAGUCAAUGAACCCAAGGACUACAGGUGGGUAUAUGCCAGCAUGUUUUACCAACCGCACCUUUCAAGACACGCAAUCAAGGCAAAAUGUACCUGUUGCAAUGGUACUGGAACCUCCAAGGUAUCCUAGAUACAGCACGGAGGAGAGCAGGAUGCAGUCAUAUUUGUCCUGGUUUCACACAACCCCGACUGCUGAGGAAUGUGCCAUCGCUGGAUUCUUUUAUACAGGAAAAUGUGACCUUAUUAGAUGCUUCCAUUGCGGAAUAGGGCUUAAAGACUUUAGCGCGGCGGAUAACCCAUUGGUUGAACACAUUAAGAACGCAAAGACAUGUCCGUAUUUAGAGGCUUUGCUUGGUCCAAAAGCGGACGAAAUCGGUGCGAUUAGGCCAGACAAUGGCCAUCAACGCCACCCAGAGGGAAUCGGCAAUCAAGUCGAAAAAUAUCCCCAGUACAGGACCCUGGAAUCCCGCCUGUUGACGUUCGAAAAUAACAACUUCCGUUGUACUAAAACUCCACAGGAACUAGCGGAAACUGGACUUUUCUACACAGGCGUUGGAGACGAGGUUCGCUGUUUUUCCUGUGGCGGUGGACUACAAAACUGGGAUGAAAGUGAUGACCCCUGGACCGAGCACUACAAGUGGUUCCCGCAUUGUGAAUAUGCAGUUAUAGUUAACGGGAAAACUGUCCUCGACAGAGAGAAGCGAAAUACAAAUGCAGCAAUUACAAUGCUGAAUACAACCAGCGGACCACCGGCAAGUCCUAACGCAAUCAACAGUGUUUUUGACCUUACAUCGCUGAAAACAUCUUGCACAGAAAUGGGCUUUUCCGCAGACCUGUUCGACACAUCCGUAGAACGCUUAAACCUGGACGGUAACCACUGCCCUACCAUUGAUGAUAUAAUAAAUGGAAUAGAUCAGAUUCAGAAAGACAUUGAAGAAACAUCAUGUCGAAUUAUGUCAGAUACAUUUGUCGAAGAAAAUAAACGCUUACAAAGCAUGUUGACUUGCGACAGAUGCAAAACAAACCAAUCAAACGCGUUGUUUCUGCCGUGCGCGCAUCACGUGAUGUGUAUCGAUUGUGCACGUGACUUGACGUUGUGUCCUGUUUGCAACUGCAAAGUUGAUGAGACAAUCCGGACUUUCAUGAGUUAACUGUUGGCGUUCUUUGAAGUUCAUGUCGGUGGUAGAUCUGCCGGCCCAGAAGGCACAUCGGGAUUUAGGGAAGAUGCUUGUUGCAAAGGUCGGAAGUCGGUUCAGGAGCAAAGACCCUCCAACCAUGCUCAGCAGAGAGUUGCCUCUGUAGUUGUUACAGUAACUCCGGUCAUUCUUGUUCUUGUAUAUAGUGACUAUGGUGGCAUCUCGCAUGUAUUUUGGUACUGCGCCUUUCUCCCAGCACAAGAGCAGAAGAUCAUGCAGUGGCUGGAGUAGGGUGGUCUUAUCGCAUUAAGUGGUAUGAGAUGAAAUGCCGUCACUUCUUGGGUUUUUGCCACAGCUCAGCGAGUCGAAGGAUUUCGCAAUUGUUUCGACAUUUGGCAAGGCAUCAAGCUCUUCCGUUACAGUCAGGUCAUUGGUUGCUUCGAUUGCGGUCUCACUGACAGCAGUAACUGUGUUUUGUUUGUGUUAAAGUUACGAUUACAUGACCAAUUUCUACAAAACCGGCAAAAUGAGCUAAAUAAUUCGUCCAGAGCUAAGUCUUAUGUAACUACUGUGGUAUUAAAAAGCAACCUUAUCUAAAAGGUUUAAAACAAAAAAAGCUUAAAACUGUCUUAAGCAGACUUUGUGUAUCUUUACAUAGACUGCAUGUUCAAAACCUUCUCCAAUUUCGUAUGAAGAGAGACAUGGUAAUAGUUGUUAUAUGCUCGAAGAUGAGAAUCACUUUGCAAUUGAAUGUAAACUAUAUACAGAAAUAAGAACCUUGUAUAUUGAUUAUUAUUAUUUGAAAAAGCAAAAUAUGUUGAAAUUUGUUGAAUUAUUAAAUUCGAAAAUGUUCGAACCAAUAACAAUCUUGCAUUACAUGUGAACAAAGAAUUUUAACUACGAACCGUCUCUAUGCUGACUUGACUCGGGUUGAUAUUGGCAUUUAACUGUUAAAUGAAAGUAAAACCAUAUAUAAGUUUGCGACUUACAGCAUAUUCAUUGGGCUUCUUAUUUCUUGAUUGAAAUGAAGAGAUAAGACGCUACUCUGUAAUUUUCUAGAAGAAGAUUAGUUGAGUCCAAUUUUAUAUAUACUAUUAAACGAAUGAAAGAAUUUAACCAUUUUGAAGAAUGUCUGACUGCAGAUUUUGAGGGAUUCAUAACUUAAGAAAUGUAAUUACGAAAUAAAUCGCCCUAUGUACAUUUCAGACAUAGAAAUAGGAACUCGUGACUUCCAUAACCCAAUCGAACUCGAGCAAAAUGUGUACUAAUGUUCCAUAUCAAUGUGCAUAUAAAUAUUCAAGAUACCGUUAUCGUCUGUAUAUAAUGUUAAACCGCUGGGUUAGGGAGAUUAAAUGAAGGGUUUCAAUGUGCUUGCAAAGUUAUCGAACCUCUAGAAUUUGCACUGGGCUUCUUUAUUUAUUAAUACUUAAUUCUAAGUGACAAAUACUUUUGGAAAACUCCAUUUUAAUAGAAACUGUUGCAUCCUUCAAUGAUUGAUGUUGUAACAAAAUCAAUAUUAAAAGCAAACAGCAAACUUAAAUGAUAUAAUAUCAUUGCUCUGUUAUAUUGAUCGUUUUAUUAAAAAACAAAUCCGGACCGGAUUUAGAACAUUAGAAAGAGCAUUUAAACACGUUGUUUAAAAUAUAUUCAUGAAAAUCUAUAAUUAUGAAGUCAUUAAAUAUGACCAAAUAAUGGUCAGGUACAUGCAAUGGAAUUGUAAUUUGGAAAACAAAUACAAUGAAUACCAGGGGUACGCAAGAAUUAGU